UUAGUGGGGACAGAAUAUACCAUACGUCAUCGAGUCGUUUCCGCACUUAAGGCAUCACAAUAAAAAAUAUUCAGUUAUCAGUUGGACAUCAAACCAAGUGUAUUAUCAACGUAUUAAAAAUGUUUUGCGCGAUACUAGCAUUAGUUGCACUUGCGUAUAUAUUGUGGGACGUUAAUUACUUUCUUAGAAUUGCCUUCACAAUAGUAACAGGAAGAUUGUUCCAAAAGAGAUGCGGAAUCAACGAUACUACAACAAUUUACGGUUUUUGUACAACACAAGAUGUUGAUAUAUUCUUGAAGCAUAUGAACAACGCUCGCUAUGUCCGUGAACUGGACUUCGCCAGGUUCCACUUCUACGAUAGAACUGGAAUUUAUGACAAUAUCAAAGCAGCCAAGGGUCACGCGUUGCAAGGCGCGUCUAGCAUACGAUACAGAAGGACUAUUCCAAUAUUCUCCUUCUAUAAAGUAGAGACAAAGCUGGUGUAUUGGGAGGACAAAACGCUUUUCAUCGAACAAAAGUUCAUCACGACUAGCGACGGGUUCGUCCGUGCUAUUGUGUUGUCUCGUCAAAACCUUUUGGAAGUGGACGCAGCGAGGCUGUUCAAAGAUAUACCCGGUGCGGACAGCAAGCCGGAAUGUCCUGAGGAGAUCCGCCACUGGUUACAAUCUAUAGAAAUAUCCAGCGCACGGUUAAGAAAGAAGGAUUAAAAGAUGCCGAAAUAUGUUUUCGUGCGGAUUGUACGGAAUACGUAAACUUAUUUUCUUCAGGGCUGUAUUUUUUAUGUUAUUGUUUGUGACACUUUAUAAAAUUCUCUCUCUCUCUCUCUAUUAAGGUAUCUUAUUGUUACUAAUGAAUUACUACGUUAUUUAUUUAAAAUGUAAGAAAAUUCAGUAGUUUUCCUUCGGUCUUGAAAACGUGCUUA